GUGUGGGUCUGGCCUGCGUAGACACAGGGUGCACUUGAAGCCCAAGUAUCAUCUCUGGGUCCUGAGCUUCCGGGUUGAAAGGCGGCUCUUUAGCUGUGAGGCACCACAUGGCCCCUUCCAGCAAUGGCUCUCUGUGCCCACUUUAUCUGGUUGGUUGACCUCAUUUAAAGGCAAGCAAGGAAGUCCUGUGUGGAGCAUCGAGCUCCCCUACGGAGCCAUUGUACCUGGGUAUUUCAGGACCACCCAGAGCUUCAAACCCAGCUGCCCAGCCUGCGUGGGCAGAAGCAGCCUCCCAGCACCCUCCAGCGACUCAUCGGCUGCUCCUCCUCCCUCUGACUCCUCCCACAACCUUCCCCUCCUCUAGAUCCCGCUGCCGCGUUUUCCCGCUUCCCCAGCAGCCACGGCCACUGCAGCAGCAGCAGCAACAGCAGCACCGGCAACGGUAGCAGCCGUCUGCGUCGCGGUCGCUUUCUCCUUCUCCAGCGCGCUCCUCAGUCCCCGUGCGUCACCAUGCCCAACAUCGUGCUCUUCAGCGGCAGUUCUCACCAGGACCUGUCGCAGCGCGUGGCCGAUCGCCUGGGCCUGGAGCUAGGCAAGGUGGUCACCAAGAAGUUUAGCAACCAGGAGACCAGCGUCGAGAUUGGUGAAAGUGUGAGAGGAGAAGAUGUCUAUAUCAUCCAGAGUGGUUGCGGGGAAAUUAAUGACAACCUGAUGGAACUACUCAUCAUGAUCAACGCCUGCAAGAUUGCAUCCUCAUCCAGGGUAACAGCUGUGAUACCCUGCUUCCCCUAUGCCCGGCAAGAUAAAAAGGACAAGAGUCGUGCUCCAAUUUCUGCUAAACUUGUGGCCAAUAUGCUGUCAGUUGCUGGGGCUGAUCACAUCAUUACCAUGGACCUGCAUGCCUCUCAGAUCCAGGGAUUCUUUGAUAUUCCUGUGGAUAAUUUAUAUGCAGAACCUGCAGUUCUUCAGUGGAUUCGGGAGAACAUCACUGAAUGGAGAAACUGUAUUAUUGUUUCUCCAGAUGCUGGAGGAGCCAAAAGGGUUACAUCAAUUGCAGACAGACUGAAUGUGGAAUUUGCUUUGAUUCACAAAGAGAGAAAGAAAGCAAAUGAAGUGGACCGGAUGGUUCUCGUGGGUGAUGUGAAGGACCGUGUGGCCAUCCUGGUGGAUGACAUGGCUGACACAUGUGGUACCAUCUGCCAUGCUGCAGAUAAGUUACUCUCAGCUGGUGCCACCAAAGUUUAUGCUAUCCUUACCCAUGGAAUCUUCUCUGGGCCCGCUAUUUCCAGAAUAAAUAAUGCUGCCUUUGAAGCUGUUGUUGUCACCAACACAAUUCCACAAGAGGACAAAAUGAAACACUGCUCCAAAAUUCAGGUGAUUGACAUUUCAAUGAUCCUGGCUGAGGCCAUUCGAAGAACCCACAAUGGAGAAUCUGUGUCCUAUCUGUUCAGCCAUGUCCCACUGUAGUCUGGGUUGGAAUAUUGAAGGUGGAGCAAACCUCCUACAACUUCUUACUGUCUUUGUCUGCCUGCUGUUUUAGCAUUAGGACUCAGCAAUUCUAGGAUGAUCACUGGCAAAAAAACAUCUGAUCUAUGUACACCCUGAGAGUCCUCUGUCUCUCCUAAAGCUCAAGACUACUACUUUCCAGUUCUGGGGGAGGGCAGAGGAAGGUGGUGGUUAUUUGGUCUUUAAAUGAACUGAUAUCAAUGAGAAAUAAUUAUUCCCUCAUUUCUUUUUUGGUACUUUGAGGCAACAACUUUUAAGCCUAAAAUCCCAUUGUGGAAAUUUGUCAUACAUAUAUUUUGAGGUUGCCAAAGCUGACUUCAAAUGAAAGCCGCCUGUGUAAAUAUAUAAUAACGCCUGCGGGUGUUUGGGGAAAAUUCUAAAUAGCCUUUACUUCAGAGAGAACCUUGGAAAAUUUAUACUAUCAUGAAUUUUGAAAAUUUUUUUAAAUGGUAACUAGGUUUAUUUUAUUGCCCUUUAUCAGGACUGAAUUUUAUUGAGCCUAAGAUAGUCAUUGACAUACUGGCUUUUCUUAGUAGAUAUUAGACAUAUUGAAGACAAUAUAAGACUGUUAUCAUUUUUAAUUGCCACUUUGAAGAUAUGUCAUAACUGUCAACUUACCUGAAACUCUCAAAUUAUGAUCACUAAUCACUGUGAUUUGGAUACCAUUUCAGGAUGUAGUCAGUCAGUUUGUGGCCACAUUGAUGUACAGCUUUGUUUAUCCCGGGGGAAUUACUCUUUAAGAUGCAGCUCAUCUCUAUGCAUUUUCCCCAAUAUCUUUUUGUAGUUGUCCACCAAAAGAAAGACUCCUUGAACUCCCCUCCCAUUUUUAGGCUGAUUAUUAUUUUAUUUUUUCACGUACACAAAAUGGGGAAGUUUUAAGGGUGCCACCAAAUGUACUUAUUCAAACCCUGCAUAAUUGACCUUGAGUUAAAUAUUCUUUGGCCCUAUGUCAUCAGAAGUACUAAAUCUCUAAUGACUGGUUAUUGUCUCUAAGGCUGCUAUAAAAUGUAGAUAGGAUAGGGUUGCAAAAACAGUGGAUGCAAAAGUAAAUAGCCAUUCCAGUAACAUAAUCUUCGAAGAAAUGGUUCAAAAAGCAUUGUGAAGAAUCUCGUGAGGGAUGGCAUUCUUGAUAAAACGAUCUUUUAGUGAAGUGUGGAGGUCCUUGCCCAUAAUCCCAGCACUUUAAAACUAAAGCGGGAAGAGUAUCACAAGUUGAAAGUCCAGCCUAAGCUACACAGUGUGUUCCAGAUCAGCUUGGGUUGCAGCGUUGAGACUGUGUGUCAUAAAACUAAAACAAAACAAACAAAAGGCAGUUCUCUAUAGCGUCAGUAAAAGUGGACAAUUUGUCCUAUCCGUUUUCCUUCUCACAAAGAAGAGGAUUUGCCUGUGUACCUAAAUCUUAGGAAUGCUAAAAAAAUAUAUAAAAGUUCCCCCCCCCCUAAGUAUUAUAGAUAAAUUCCCAGCCCUAAAUUCUGCAGGUAGAAAAUCCUAUCCAUCUGAGUAGCACACUCAACCAGCACUCUCGAACAUGAGAAGUCAGAGGAGUAGAAGUCAAAUCAAUGUUACAAAGUACAAUUUAUGUUAUUACAGAAACUGGCAUUUUGUUAAUACCUUAUUUGUAACUGUUCUAAAGAAAGUGGUCCCCAUCACCUGGGAUGCUCAGCUCUGUGGUACAGUCUGUCUGUGCAGUCUUGGCUAGACAUGUGUCAAAACUUGUUUGAUUCGAUGCAACUGUUACUUUUGAUAAAUGUGUGAUGUCUGUAUUUCUUGGGUUUUCUGGCUGUGCCGAAGACAUCCUCGUGCACACCCACAUGGAGAUAGCUUGGUGUGUGUGUGUGUGUGUGUGUGUGUGUGUGUGUGUGUGUGUGUGUGUGUACAUGUCCCAAAUCGUUGGCAUGACAAAAGCCAGUUGCUAAUCAUUUUAUCUAAGAUAUUUAAAGCUUAAUGGUGUACAGUGGAUCUUAAAAUAAUAAUCUUAAGAUUUAAAACCCUGCCAGAAAAAUCUACCUGGCUGUCCUCUGAAUUUGAGAACCAAUGGUUUCUGUCCUUAUGUGGCCUGAGUUAGUAUUUUAAAGUACCUCUGAAUACAUUUGUGAACUAAUUAGACUGAACUGAGCCUUAUACAGUGGAAAUACGGUUUUAAAUAUUGAUGGUUUCAGUUUGGCUAAAAUGACAAACAAAGGCUGCCUCAUGAGCAGAACUUUCAUGUUCCUUGCUGCUUGUGGUAAAUAAAUGUAACGGGAAUCACCAAAUAGAUUGGCUCUUUCCAACUCUAUAAAAGGAGAGUAUGUUAGGCAUAUCUAGCCAAAAAAGGGAGCCAGGAAAAUGUGAAUAUACAAAAGUUGUUUCACCUCCACCUUAAUUGUAUUAGUCAACUGAUAGAUGUUCAUAUGCUAACUUUCCUUUGUGAGAUACAAUGUCGACUAAAUUCAGGAAUAUAUUCCUUGCAAUGCUUGCCCUGGUUUUAGAGACUAGAGAAUUUUGAGAUCCGAUGGCAUUUACUAUGACAUUUCAAUAAAAUCAUGCUGACUACUUUG